AUGGACGGUGUACGUCAUUUAAAAGCUAAUGAUCCAUUGUCUAGGUUAAGUUAUAUUACGGGUGCUAGGAUACUUAAUAGAAGAGCACGAGCUAAUAAAGGAUCAAUAAAGUCGAUUUCAGGAAAACCAAAAACCGUGUUCGAAGAGGUACUGGAAAAAGCAUGGGAUAUGGAUGCAGUGCGUUUUCUUCGAAGCGCUGCUCACUGGAAAUCAAGGAUGAUUCUGGGGUGCACAUGGCCAAACGGUACCAGUUGUCGUUUGAGCGAUUUCAAACCCGUGUGGACCCUGUCCGGACUCUGUUGGGCCAUCAACACAAAUCCAGAUGGUGCACUAGAAGUUGUUGGAAGCGGAGUUGACCAUGCUCUUCGUCUUUUAUUGAAUGUUGAGACGUAUGAACGCAUAGACGCGUGUACCAAUCAUUUUCGUACAAAUUCUAUUCCCGGACUUAAGGUUCUUAUGUACAACCAGACUGACAUUCCAUUAAAUAGUCACAAUGGUGUGAACGUUCCUGCUGGAUAUUCUGUAGAUAUUCGGUUCAGAAUGCAAUAUCAUAGGCGACUACCAGGAGAUCACUGUAUCACUGAGACAGAGGAGUACAGCGGCGAAGGUCGUCAGCAGUUCGAUUCAGCAUCCAACCUUCGAACCUGUAAACUACGAAGAACGUUGCGCGAGAUCGAGUAUGAAUGUGAAUGUUCUAUGGCUCGGGCGUUCACUCAAGAACCUGUAGAGAAACAUGAAGGAUGUACUGUAGACGACUAUUUUGGAUGUGUGAAAGGCGUUAUCGAGCGAGCAAUGGCUCGAGGCUUAAGGAGAGUCUGUUUGCCUUCCUGCGAGUCUGUUGAAUACAUUGCUAUGCAGGAUCUGAAUCGUUUGCCGCAAAACUUAAUGCCCGCUCUCAUCGAAGGAAGCGAACAGGAAGAUGAAGAUGAGGUCGACCAGGAUGAGAUAGAUGAAGAUGUUUCGUAUAUAAAAAGAAAUGCACAUCGAGCUUUCGAAAAGCAAGCCCGGUAUCAAGAGGAUAUUUUCUUGAGGACGAAGCGCCGCAUUGCCAGACUUAGAGCGGCGGUUAACAAUGUCUCUUUACUGGAAUGGGGAUGGCAUGGAAACGAUUUCACAGGUGUUUUUGCUCGACUUUCCAGUCAGGCGGAGUGCUUUUCAGAUAUAAGCAGUCAACACUUUGCGAUUUCCGCGGGCCUGAAGAACCGACCAACCGUUAGCGAAGAGAGACGUGCAAGCCAAGUGUUCUACCUGGUCGAUCGAACAGCGCACAGAUUGAAUCCAAAGCAAUACAAAACCGUAGCAGAUAUAAAACGAAUUUAUGGUGAUCAGGUUGAAGUCGCUUUGCGGCAAAUUUAUGAUGUCGUAGAAGUGGUGGACAAAUUGUGGAGAAUUUUUUCACCGUCCACGUUCAUGACCGUACUUCGAGCAAAUUCCGGUUCUUUGACACCUGAAUUUCGAGUAACAUUUCAGUAUGAGACUGGUAAGCUCCAACGCAGAGCUUGGGCAGAGAAGAUGCAGUCAAGACAAAUGCGACAUUUCUUUGACGACGAGUUUACCGAGGGUUGGUACCAGCCAAUUCUUCAAGAUCUCGAGUACUCGCUCUACAAAGUGAUUAUCGAAAUGGAAAAUGAGUAUUGGCCAAGGUUCAAAUAUCACAUGCAGAAUGGCACCGCAACUAAGUUAGAUACCCAGAUCCUUCGUUUUCAUGUGCCUCUUUGUAGACAACGUAACUGGUUCAAUGUUUACGUUCUCUGUGACUCUGAAGUAGCAACACCGGAAUGUCCCCAGUUCACAGUUCCAAAUAUCACUUCUCUACUGGUUUUUGACGAGAUUUCGAGUGAAAAGGAAACUCUUUUGCGCCUCCUUAUCAACAGCCUUUAUAAUUGUACCGUCGGUGAUGUAAAAGAAGUGGCCAUUGAGACAUUGAGAGGUUUCAAGCGCUUGUAUCGUGAAUUACAGUCAUCGUACGCAAAUCUCUUUAAGAAGGAGCUACCAGAUUAUUUGGAGAAUUUCGAAUUUGGAGAUAAAUUCGUGAGUAUGGAAAGGUGCUACAAAUGCAUGGCAUCUUGUUGUGAUACCUGUGAAUCACCGUCGAUGAAAGCUAGUUAUGCCGAUCCUGGUGUAGGUGCUCAACAAAGUAUCGAAGAGAGGCAAAAAACAUCAUGGCUGAAUCACCUCCCUUAUUCGAAUUCACCGACAUAUUCCACUUCACAAACAUCACUAAAUGAUGACCCUAUUGAGCAAUACCUCGACACGCUCGAUGUACAUCGUCCACCUAAAUAUGAGCUCUUACCAGGUGUAAGCAACCACUCAUCAAGUUUCUCAGAAAAAGACCAAGCAAGUAAUAGAAUCACCGACAAAAAUAACGGUCUGAAGUCGAAUGCUCCUGGUCGUCCACACACUGGAUGGUUUCCCAAACCGACUUUACAAAGUUCCAGCUGGAAACACAAGAGCGCGAAGGACCCUUCAAAGUCGCUGUCACGAAGACCGUCUUAUCUGAUACCGCAGCAAAUCUCUUUAGAAGACGAAGAGAACAACUCGCAAAUGACCGAUUCUUUAUCCACACCUACUCCUAAGCUAUUCGUUGGCGAAGUUGAGAGACAAACCACCAUCUGA